ACAACCAAGAUGGCGGAGGAAGAAGACGGCGGAGGCGAUGAGAACCGGCAGCUGCUGCCGGUGUCGGAUGAUGAAGAUGAAUUUGCUGAGAUGGAAGUUGAAGACCAUGACAGUGAAGAGACUGAAAAACCAAAUGCCAUCAACUUUGAUCCAAGUUUACCAACUGCACACUCUUACUUAGGAACUGAAAUGGAGGAGUUUCACGGCCGGACAGUGCAUGAUGAAGACAGUUGUCCGACUUUUCCAGUUCUUCCUCAUAUUGCGGUGAUUCUAAUUCCUGGGCAGACUUUACCAUUGCAGCUAUUUCGCCCUCAGGAAGUAUCCAUGAUGCGAAACCUGAUUCAAAAAGACAGGACCUUUGGUGUUCUUGCCUACAGUGAUCCUUCAGACAGAGCUCCAGAGUUUGGGACGACAGCAGAGAUUUAUGAAUAUAGGGAGGAACAAGAAUAUGGCAUUGAAACUGUAAAAGUGAAAGCCGUUGGCCGUCAGAGAUUUAAAGUUCUUGAAACAAGAACUCAAACUGAUGGAAUUCGGGUGGCCAAGGUUCAGAUCCUGCCGGAAUGGGUCCUUCCCUCAAGUGUAUCAGGAGUGCAGCUUAAUUCACUGAACAAACUUCAUAUGUUUGUUUCAAAUAAGCCUCCUGCAUGCCGGUUAAAACAAAACCAGAGAUGGUGGCAGAAAUAUCAGAAGAGAAAGUUCCAUUGUGCAAAUCUAACCUGGUGGCCUCCAUGGGUGUAUUCUUUGUAUGAUGCAGAAAUAUUAAUGGAAAGAAUGAAAGUCCAGCUUCGUGAGUGGGAUGAAAAUCUCAAGGAUGAUUCGCUUCCUUCAAAUCCUGUGGAUUUUUCUUACAGAGUUGCUGCUUGUUUACCUAUUGAUGAUGGUUUAAGAAUUGAGCUUUUAAAAAUCGGCAGCGCUAUUCAGCGGCUGCGUUGUGAAUUGGAUCUGAUGGACAAAUGUACGUCUCUUUGUUGUAAAAGGUGUUAUCACACAGAAAUAACCACCAAAAAUGAUAUUUUCAGUUUGUCCUUGUAUGGACCCAUGGCUGCCUAUGUGAAUCCUCAUGGUUAUGUACAUGAAACCCUCACCGUAUAUAAAGCUAACAACCUGAACUUAAUUGGUCGACCAUCAACUCAGCAUAGCUGGUUCCCUGGGUUUGCAUGGACUAUAGCCCAGUGCCGCACCUGUGGUAGUCAUAUGGGCUGGAAAUUUACAGCAACUAAGAAAGAUAUGUUGCCGCAGAAGUUUUGGGGAUUAACACGGUCAGCUUUGCAACCCAGAAUUCCAGAAUUGGAUGAUGAAAAUCAGCAGGAAGGAUGCUGGCGACCAUGUCUUUAAUACAGACACACACACACACACACACACUUGUGUAUGUGUCUAUAUAAAUAUAUGAAUGAAAGUGAAUAGCACUGUAGUUACUUGUGCCAAGAGAUGAAAUCUCUUUCUGCUAAAUAAGUUAUUCAAUCAAAUAACCAACUCUAAGCGGCAGACACAACUUUUAUCUGUUGAAUCUGAUGAUUUUGAACUUAAUCAUUCAGGUUUUAAAUUCAAAGAGCUGACAAAGCACUAUUUGAAAUAUGCUUGCACAUUGUUCUCAUUAAGUAAAAAAAAAUGCAAUACUGUUGUAGGCCAUCUUCCAGAUCAGGUGCAAUGAUUUAAUAAAUGUCAACUUUUUGAAUUAACAUAAUGGCCUUGCAAUCUGGAUAUUAUGUAUUCUUAGUUAGGGUGGUGAAAUUUUCAAAAAUGGACUGUGGAAGAUUAGGUGUCUCAUUUAGGGCUGUUCUUAACCAUUACCUUUCUUUCUCUUUCAGAUUUAAACCAUCUUUUUUUUUAAAUGGAUUAGUAUUUCACAUUUCUAGUUUGAGCAUUUGAUCUUGAUUGAAAGUUUUGGGUUAUUUAUUGAGAGAUUGUUUGGAAGAGUACUUUAGAUGACUAUGACUUAUCCUCAUGUAAAUAACCAUCUUCCAGUCUGAGUCAAUUGACUUCUUGACAAUUUCAAGAGUUCAGUUGCGUUUCCAAGAUUGGAUAUGGAAUAUAGCUGUUGCAUUGCCUUUCACCUCCCACUUCCUUUCUGAAAGCAAAUGUAUCCCAAUAGUCAGUUUUACAAAUUUGAACUCCUAGUAAGGAGUGCCUGGUGUGAACGUCUCAAAUUUGGAUGCAAGGUUCCUUCUGAUUUUCCUUCCUUUCAUUUGUGGGGCUUCCUCACACAGAUUCCAGAUAUAUACACCCAAUGCAUAUGUUCCUUUGUCAGAAGUAAUUGGAUAAAAUCAACCCCAUUAGUUAAGUGACUAACUUUGAAAACAAGAUAAUGUUAGCAAUCCAAAUAGGAGGGCAUUGUAUUUCAAUUUUACAUAAAUGUUAAUGAAUAGCAGUUUUCUGCGUGAUCUUCCAGUGUUUACGAUGCUCCUGACUUCCACAAUUUUAUAUUUAAAGAAUUUAUGUUUUGUAACAUUAAAAUGCUAAGCAGUCCAAUUAUGUUUUGCUAAUCAUUUUGCAUUAAUCUGGGAGCUGACUUCUAACAAGCUUAUUGUAGCAACUUAAUGCUUCAUUUAUAAUUUUGUUCAAUAGAUCUGCAGUUAUUCGUCUGCUGAGCCUGUUGCAAAAAUUGUCAUCUGCUGAAAACAUUUCAGACUAGCAAGUGUAAUAUAAAGUGUUAGAGCAGAAUUUGAUUAAAUGCAAUGGUGAUGUGGUCAACUUGUUAAUAAGGCACUACAGUGCUGUUCUGUUGUCUUUUGUUCUGGCAAAUUACUUAGUUCUAAGUGAUGUCCACUGGAUAAGAUUUAUUUUUCUUGAAAACAGUCUGUAAAUAAUAGCAUUUACUGCUUGUUUAGUAAUUCAGAAUCAUUGCGUUGAAAGCAUUGUUUUAAUUGCAAGUGUUCUGAGAAGCAAUGCACUUUUCAGUAAUGCUGGCUUGUUCUUGCCUUUGUUCCCUUGAAACAAAGAAAUUAUAUUAUUUACAAAGUAAUUAAAAAUGAAUGGCAAUACAGCAAAGCCCAUUGAAGAGAUUUUGAAGACCUUAGCUGUAACUGUACCUUGCUGUAUUUUUUAUGCUAGAAAUCAACUUCCAUGGUUUUGUUUAAUGAAAAAAUUAAAGUAAUGUUUUAUAAGAUGAAAA